CUUGCUGCAAACGUUCACUCUGGUUUUCACAGCAACAGCAAAGUAGACGGACGACGUUGGUCUCGUCAACGAGAUUUUCGAUACAAAAACAAAUAAGUAACAAACUAAAAUCAAGCCACAAGAUGAUGAAAGCCGUCUCCUGUGCCCUUGUGCGCUCCAACGCACAAGCGCUGUCCACGAGCCUGCGUGCAAGCGGUGUCGCUGUCAAUGCCGUUGCUACGCGCCAGGGUCACACCGAUCUGCAGGUGCCCGACUUCUCUCCCUAUCGUCGUGACUCGGUGCAGGAUGCACGUCGUCGCAACCAGACAACAGAGGAGCGCAAGGCUUUCUCCUACUUGAUGGUUGGUGCUGGCGCCGUUGGAGGUGCUUAUGCCGCCAAAGGACUGGUUAACGCUUUCGUCAGCUCCAUGAGCGCCACAGCCGAUGUGUUGGCCAUGGCCAAGAUCGAAAUUAAACUGGCUGACAUCCCCGAGGGCAAGUCGGUGACGUUCAAAUGGCGCGGCAAGCCAUUGUUUAUUCGUCAUCGUACCCCAAGCGAAAUUCAAACGGAACGCGGUGUGGCCACAUCUGAAUUGCGUGAUCCUCAGACCGACGAUCAACGCGUCAUUAAGCCCGAAUGGCUUGUGGUGAUUGGCGUUUGCACGCAUUUGGGCUGUGUGCCAAUUGCGAAUGCUGGCGAUUGGGGCGGCUAUUAUUGCCCCUGCCACGGCUCCCAUUACGAUGCAUCUGGACGCAUUCGCAAGGGACCGGCGCCAUUGAACUUGGAGGUGCCCACUCAUGAGUUCCCCGAUGAGGGCACCUUGGUUGUUGGUUAAGCGUUAUGUUUACCCCUUUUAAGCAUAUAAAGCCCGCGAGUCAGCAAACAAUAUAGUGAAUGGAUUGAUGUAAAUUAAUAAUAAAACAACCAAACAAACAUUAAA